GUUAAACACAACGUAAGACGCGUGCAGCGGCAGUCUGUCUCUGUAAAGCUAGAGUUCAACAGUUCAUCUCGCUGCCAGUCUACCACGGAGCCGCGGAGUAAACUCCGACAGUAAAUAGCUGUCAGCCAAACCGACGCAACUUGUCACCGCCGAGCGGCUCUAGUUAGACCCCGACUAACGCAUUGCUCUGCCGUGCUAACCGGUUAUUAGCCGGGCGAUGAGAAGGGGGCCUGUCUGUUCUUGGAUGUCCAGUUAAGGUUACCCAACAGCGUAACCUGCAUCAACUGCCUCUUCCUGUCAACUACCCGCUUCAUCCAGACGGGACCAGACUGCACCGCUUGUUUGGACUGAGACUUCAUGCUAGAUCCUCGUCCGUUGGACCACCUAGCCUGGUAGCUAACCUUUGGCGAGCAGUUUGCAGUUAAUAAGCAGCCAGCAAGACACCGAGCGGCCGUCUGUCCGUGUGUGCCAUGGGCUUGCUGUCACAAGGAUCACCCCUGAACUGGGAGGAAACAAGGAAGUAUGCGGAUCACAUAAGAAAGCAUGGCAUCAUUCAGUUUCUCAACAUCUACAACAAGGUCAAGGAUCGGCAGAGAGAUGUGUUGAAGUGGGGCGACGAGGUGGAGUACAUGCUGGUGGAGCUGGACCACAACGACGAGAAGGUUCGGCUGGUGCUGAAUGGUGGAGAAGUUUUGGAAACUCUCCAAGAACAGGGAGAAAACGUAAACCCAAAUCAUCCAACACUUUGGAGACCAGAGUACGGGAGCUACAUGAUCGAGGGAACCCCCGGACAGCCGUACGGGGGAACUAUGUCAGAGUUCAACACUGUGGAGGGCAACAUGAGGAAGAGACGCCAAGAGGCUUCGUCUGUUCUAAAGAAGAAUGAGACGCUCUGCACCAUUACUUCCUUUCCCAGGUUAGGUUGUCCAGGUUUCACCAAGCCAGAGUACCGACCCACUCCCGUGGAAAAGGGAGUCUCAAAGUCUUUGUUUUUCCCUGAUGAAGCCAUUAACAGACACCCAAGGUUCAGCACUCUAACCAGAAACAUUCGCCAUCGAAGAGGAGAGAAAGUUGCAAUAAAUAUCCCAAUCUACAGAGAUAAGUGCACACCAUCUCCGUUUGUGGAGCAGUUCCCAGAGGAUGACGGCGAAGCAGCGAGGGCAGCUCUUCCUGACCAUAUCUACAUGGACGCCAUGGGCUUCGGCAUGGGCAACUGCUGCCUGCAGGUGACAUUCCAAGCUUGCAGCAUUGAUGAGGCCAGGUAUCUUUAUGACCAGCUAGCAACAUUCUGCCCCAUUGUGAUGGCGUUGAGUGCGGCCUCACCUUUCUACAGAGGGUAUGUGUCUGAUAUUGAUUGCCGCUGGGGAGUCAUUUCAGCCUCCGUGGAUGAUAGGACCCAAGAGGAGCGUGGACUAAAGCCCCUGAAAAACAACAAGUACCGGAUUUUUAAGUCCAGGUAUGAUUCGAUUGACAGCUACCUGUCUUGCUGUGGCGAGAAAUACAAUGAUAUCGAUUUGACAAUUGACGAGGAGAUCAACAAGCAGCUGCUGGGUGCAGGGAUUGACAAGCUCCUGGCUCAGCACAUUGCUCACCUCUUCAUACGGGACCCGCUCUCCGUCUUUGAGGAGAAAAUACAUUUGGAUGAUGAAAAUGAGUCGGACCACUUUGAGAAUCUCCAAUCCACCAACUGGCAGACGAUGCGGUUUAAACCUCCACCUCCGAACUCCGACAUCGGCUGGAGGGUUGAGUUCAGGCCCAUGGAGGUGCAACUAACGGAUUUUGAAAAUGCUGCAUAUGUGGUUUUUGUCGUCCUGCUCACCAGGGUGAUUUUAUCCUACAAGCUGGAUUUCCUGAUCCCCUUAUCAAAGGUGGAUGAGAACAUGAAGGUGGCACAAAAGAGGAACGCAGUCCAGGAGGGCAUGUUUUAUUUCCGGAAGGACAUGUUUAAAGGCUGUAACCCAGGAUUGGAUUGUGCUUCUGCUGCUCAAAAUGGCGUGGAGACUGAGGGCAGCAAUGAGGAUUACACAUUGAUGAGCAUUGACACAAUCAUAAAUGGAAAGGAAGGAGUUUUUCAGGGGCUUAUCCCAAUCCUAAACUGCUAUCUGGAAAACAUGGAAGUUGACGUUGACACCAGGUGCACGAUUUUGAAUUAUCUGAAGCUCAUCAGGAAGCGUGCAUCAGGGGAGCUGAUGACCAUGGCCAUGUGGAUGAGGGAAUUUGUUGCAAAGCACCCAGAGUACAAGCAAGACAGUGUCAUUACUGACAAGAUCAACUUUGACCUGUUCAAAAAGUGCGACAGGAUUGCAAAAGGUGAAGAGCAGUGCCCCGAGCUUUUUGGUAACCCGGUGAGCCGUGUGAAAUGAGGGGAAAAAUGCUGCAGAGGCACAUUAUUUUACUCCAUUUUCUGUUUCUCAGUCAUACACAAAAUGGAAAGACCAAAUAAAAGAGGUCCAAUUAUAAUAAAAGAUUGCAGCUGCAUGUGUGUGUUGUGAAGAAACACACCUGCAUUACGUGUAUAAAUGCUGUAUGAGAUUUUUAUGAUCACAGAAUUAUUUUAAUAGGACUAUGAAAGGGUUAUGUAAUAGAAAAUCAGAUGUGUAUUUAUUUUUGUCCAAAAGAUUAAUCAUAUCUGUGUGAAAUUGUAAAUGUAGCAGAGAUGUACAGUAGGUUGCUUUUAAUCUUUUGUAAAUACUGAAUAUUUUGCUCUUUAAUUCAUUAACAUUUGUUUUGUUAUUUUUCAUAUUUGUUUAGAAAUUUAACAUUAGGGUUGAUUUUCUUCUUUGCAUUUGGGUUUGCCUUGCUCUGCUGAAUUGGGACCUUGAAGUUAGUAUUGAAUUCAAACGGAUGUGGUGAUGCACUGUUUUCAAUAUGAUGCUCUUUCCAAAUAAACCUGUAAAUCUUUUUGCCAGCU